AUGUACGGACCAAAGCCCCAAUUCCCUACCUCUUCCCCCACCCCCACAAGCCCAAAGCGCGGCCACCGCUUCGACGAAGCCGCGGCUGCAAGACACCAACGUUCCCAGUCCAGCGGGAGCCGCAGCGCAGGGCAGACUACCUCUCUAACGUCUAAAGCAGUAACAAACACCACUACACUACGUCUAAUUUCCGAAAAGAAGGCACAACUCGCAGACGCGAAGGCCCAGGCAUCCGCCGCAAACAGAAUGUACCAAUUUGCGCACGAGGCCUUCAGCCUCGGUAGGCCGGUCAUCUACGAGGACUCAGACGAGGUCACGGACUCCGACUACGAGGAAAACCGGCAAAGGCAAGAGGCGGAAGAGAGGGAGAAGGAAGCCGAGAAACAGGCGAAGAUUGCAGAUGCCGUAUCCCGAGAUCGGUACGCUGCCCUGCAGGCCGUGACUGCGUCGUUGGGACACCCGAACGCGGCUCAGGAUGGGAACUGGAGUAUCAUGAGUGAAGGUGAGAAGGAGGUGCUUUUCCAGCGGCUGGAGAAUGAAUGUCAUGACCAUGAUACUCUUACGGAUGUAGGGUAUGAGACGGGCAUGGUUCGUGCGCCGCGUGCAGACCCUAAGGACAGAAAGAGGAGGGCCGUGGCGAUAGACUGCGAGUUUGUCGGGGUCAUGGGUGACAUCAGCGUGCUGGCGCAGGUCUGCGCAGUGGAUGCCUUGACCGGGGAAGUCCUGCUUGAUUUUCUUGUUGAGCCGGGCCAUCGUAGGGUCAACUACCGUACGCGGUACAGUGGACUCACCAACCAUACGUUCCACCGAUAUCGCGAGAUGGGGCUUGUUCUUCCAGAUGUGGCCGCGGCGCAGGAGGCGCUGUUUGAAUUUAUGGAUAGAGACACGAUUCUGGUCGGGUUCGCGAUGGACAACGACUUGGAGGUGUUGGGGAUCUCGCACUGGCGUGUUUUUGAUGCGCAGGUUGCAGCCCGGGAGGCGGAGUUCAGGGCCUCUGGGGUACGUCCUAACCGGUGGUCACUGCAAAGCUUGUGCAGACAGUUUCUUGGACGGUCUGUUCAGCAGAGCUCUCGGGGUCAUGACUGCCUGGAGGAUGUGUUUGCCGCCAGGGAGCUGAUGCUUUGGUGGGUGAAGGAGGAAAAUGAGGACCGGGUUGAGGAAUGGGUGCAGCGGCAGGUCGAUAGAGACAAUGAUGGCACUGCCUUUGACAUACAGAAUUGGCUUUAA